AAACGUCAACAUUGAUUGACGUGGUUUGCGGGACCAGGAAGCGAGCAGCGAGCAUUGACAUCACUUUCCAGAAUCCCCCUUCAGCACGACGGAGCAGAGCAAAGAGGAAGGAAGGAAAGAAACACAAGAGAAAACCCGCUGCUGUGUGAGAAUAACAAGUGUUUGCGCCGAUCUUUAAACAUAUAAAUCUAAGGAUGUCCCUGUAUCCAUCCCUCGAGGACCUCAAGGUCGACAAGGUCAUAAAGGCCCAGGCUCAGUUUGCCCAGACUGUCGCCCCCAUGCCAGCCAUCACCGAGGGAACCUACCAGCCUCAGCUUGCCACCGCUGGGAUGCCGGGAUCAAGCCUGUACCCGAACCUCGAGGAGCUCGGAGACUACAUGGGUCUGUCCCUCAACAGUGAGGAAGUCCAGAGGAACAUGGCUUUGGUGCCUGUGGCUGACAAUCAAGUGGCGGUGCCCUCCCUCUCAGGUGUUGGGGGGAUGGUGCGGCCCUUGACGGGGGCGGACGUCGGCAUCAGGAGGGCGGAGAUCCGCCCGGGGCUGCGGGAGAUCAUCCUCUGUAAGGACCAGGACGGGAAGGUGGGACUCCGGCUCAGGUCCAUCGACAACGGAGUGUUUGUCCAGCUGGUGCAGGCUAACUCCCCUGCGGCCCUGGCCGGGCUGCGUUUCGGGGACCAGGUCCUUCAGAUCAACGGGCAGAACUGCGCUGGCCUGAGCGUGGACAAGGCCCACAAGGCUUUGAAGGCUGCAGCCGAGACCCGCAUUGAGCUCGUGGUCAGAGACAGGCCAUUUCAGCGCACCGUCACCAUGCACAAAGACAGCUCGGGCCACGUGGGCUUCAUCUACAAGUCUGGUAAAAUCACCUCACUGGUCAAGGAUGCCUCUGCUGCCCGCAACGGCGUGCUGACCGAGCAUUACAUCUGUGAAAUCAAUGGACAAAACGUGAUUGGACUCAAGGAUUCUCAGAUCAAGGACAUCCUGACCACCUCCCCUACCGCCAUGACCAUCACCAUCAUGCCCAAGUUCAUCUAUGAACACAUGAUUAAGAGGAUGUCGAGCGGUCUCCUUCGGUCAGCCAUGGAUCACUCUGUCCCAGAGGUGUGAAGACCAGGACUGCAAACUGUCAGGAUGUCUUCAAUACAGAGAUCUGUCUCUCUCUCUUUUCCUUACUCAUAUCUCUCUCUCUCUCUCUAUCUUCCUGUCUUCAUACCAGACCACCUCCUGCAUCACAAUCAUGGCCGUCGCUAUUUCUCAUCUUUACAUAAUCUUUAAAUGCCUUUUUUUUUUUUUUUUUUUUUUUAUCUAUUCAGUUUAGUAUAGUCCUUACCUUUUCUACAUUUCAUCUCUGUUGACACGUCUAGUACUUUUUUAUCUGUUAACCAUGUAGUCACGUCUAUUUUUCUUGUUUUGUAUUUGAGAUCAAGGACAGUGUUUUAAAUUUUUUUCUUUUUAAAAGCCAUGCACACUUUCAUUAGUCCAGAGCUUCCUCCUCAUUGUGUGGAGACCAAUCAUUGGUACGUGACAUUUCAUCUUGUCAAAAUGCUGUAAAAGCCAAUGGUCAGUCAUCAGAGCCCUACCAUGUAGAUCACGGCUGUACUCCCGGUCCCCUGCACUCGGCCCCUAAUGUGUGUGUACGCAAAUAAUCUGAUCUGAAUUAACACCCGGCGGCUCGUAUGUGAAAAAGUUUGCUGACUUGAUUCCAGACUCCAGUGUCAUGUUUUUGUUGGCCAGUAAAAACUAAUAAGUUUGAAGUGUUGGUUUUAGUUUAUACCAUAUAUUGGUAAAUUAAGUUAGUGUUGAAUCUGGCAUCGAGAUAAGUUCCUUUUUUGUACUUGUGAAUACCGAACACUUUAACAUGGAAGUGCGAGUUAUGACGCAGAGGUUUCCACCUUGGCCAAGAGAUGGCGAGGUACUGUACCAGAUUUCCUGUCUCUGCGGACAAAUGUCAUGGUGACGCUCUGAUGUGCUGAAUUUGGAUAAAAAAAAGAGGCAGCAGCAGAUAUUUGUUGCUCCAUGCAGCUGGAGCCCUGUCCACAAACACUACGAACAGCUACGAGAAGGCGAAAUGCAAAAGUAAGCAACAUCACAGUGCGUUGAUGUGAUUGGCCAGCUGGAGGUCAGUUGAAAGGCGUUUUAUUGGAUGUGGUCCUGCGCUUACAACAGUACUUUGAGCGAAUUUGUGGUGUUUGUCUGGACAGGGUCUGUGCUGGGCGGACCCACUAAGUGCACUUUCCACUACCUUUUUAAAGGUUGUCUUUCCUGUAUCCAUUUCAACGGUGAACUUCAACAGCUUUUUUUUUUAUUGUGUUUGUCGUGCCUCAUAUUAAUGAGAACUCAUUAAAACAAACUUGUUUGUUAACCAUAGGAAACUGCUGAAAUUUGAUGCUGAAAAUCAUGCGCUCAAAUGGCAGGCAUUUAAAUUCCACAUCAUGGGUUUAGUCAGUGAACUUGCUCUCCUCUGCUAAGUGCUGUUAGCGGACGCCCCUCUGUAAUAUUCCUCCCCUGACUGACGAGCACAAUGACAUCGAGCAGAGCUCGCAGUCGUGAAUUUCUACUUGUUAUAUAAAAGUUGCUCCUUUUAAUGCUGUUCAUGUUUGGAUGCAUGUAUUCCUUUAAUUUUCUAGGUAUGCAAUCUGAUAAACAUCACUGUCAUUCUGUAAGAAAAUCUAAAAGUUUAUAUACGAAUGUAACCAAGAUAAUAUUGUAAAACAAAUAAACAGUCUUUCUGUUCACA